GAGGAGCCACAGGACAGCGUUGACAAUCGCCUGGCGUGGAACAACGUAAGCGAGGCUGAAGCGUGCAGGUGAUAGGCGAGGCACAUCGCUCACGCAGGUGACAGCGUUGAUCUGCGGCGAGUAAGGACGUCAGCACAGGUGGACAGAGAGCGACGAGACUGCGGGCGCCUUACGAUCUUGAUGACCUGUGGAGAGCAGAGUCAGCAUCGCACGACUUGCGCGCCCCGACCGACUCACCUGCGGGCCCGAGUAGCGCACGGGGUCCUGGAGGCGCUUGUCGAGGAUGAACGCGGACCCGGCAGUCAUGCCAACGCACAUCCAGCCGAGCACGGAGCAAGCCACAGGCACGACAGUGAACAGGAAGCGGCCCAUGACGCCACCGCAGCGGUAGGCGACCGUGGCGCGACGGAACAUCUCGACGGUCGCCGCAAGCUGCGAGGCCAAAGGCAGCGUUGCCUCGGCCGUCCACGUCGUCGUGUCGAGGGUGAAGUGCCAACUCAUGUGGAUGCGGAUGCCGAACGCCGCGAUGCUGCCGAUCUCGCGCAAGUUCUUACCUGAACGAGGCCGUCUUGGUGGCGAGUCGCAGCAGCGUGCCGAUGAGCAGUGCACACCACAGAGAGAUGAAGAUGAUGGACGGGACCAGGUCGUCGUUGCCGAUGACGCCGCCGA